CUUCGAAUCUCCAGCAAAAUGGCGGAAGCUGCUGAAGUUAUGACCAAAAAACAUCGAGAAAUACUCCGUAGACACAGGCUAGAAUUAGUCGAAAAUCUGCAGCCGCUUAAGUUAUUAAGUCAUCUAACUAGCGUGCUUUCUCAAGAGGAUGAGGAAGAAAUAAGAGCAGAGAGAACGACUACUGAGCAAGCGAGGUGUUUAUUGGACUUGUUACCCAGAAGAGGAGAUAAGGCUUUUGAGGCAUUUGUUAGAGCUCUGGAGAAGACACAGAGAUUCCUGGCUAUACCUAUUGCGGAAGAAGGAGAGAUUGAACUAUUGAAAACUAAACAUGGGUACAAUGAACACGCUAUGCAACCUGAACACAAAGAGAUUCUGCGUAGUAGCAAAGAAGUGUUAAAACAAAUCAACUUAAAAAAAGUCCUUCGUCUUAUGACAUUCGUGUUUGACAAGGAGGAUAAAGAAGCCAUCGAUAGCAAUACUACAGGGGAUGCAAAACUUGAUGAAUUUGUGACAAUUUUAGGAAAGAAAGAAGACAAAGCCUUUGAUCAUUUCAUCGAAAUCCUGAAUAUUACAGACCCAAGUAUUGCAAAAUUUCUGGUAAAAGAGAAAACCAGUUCCAAUACUUCAAAUGAAAAAGAAUUGACCAACCCAACACAAAUUCUAAACCCUGAAGAUGAUACAGAAAUACGCAAAGUGAAGGACAAAUUAGCAAGUUUCUGUCAGAAGACAAAUGAGAAUGAAGGAUGGAAAAGUCUUGCUCAGCAUUUUCAAGUACCGCCAGAUAAAGUUGAUAGUUCAUUCAAUCCAACAAAUGCAGUUUUAAAUCUGUUGCCUACCAGAAAAGUUGGAGAACUCAAAAGUGCUUUAACCCACUUAGGAAUGACAGCAAAUAUAGAAUGCCUUAUGAAUGACCUGGGGAGGCAACCAGAUACAACUGAUUCUCCAGGAUCUACUAAUCCAGUGAAUAAUCUAGUAGAAAAUACAAAGAAUUUGUCAAUUGCAGAUAAAUCCAAAACACCAAAAGAAUCUAAAACACUAAAACCUGUGGAGACGUUUGGUGAUUUAAGUGAUGAAAACCAGGAAAGACUUCUUGCAGAAAUUGAAGCAGAAGAGUUAGAAUUAAAGUACAGUUUUGAAAUCCCACCUCAUGAUCAAUGGCAAAAAUAUAAAAUUCGUGAACUGACAAAACUUUUGAGGAAAAAUAAAAUGAAGAAAACAAUAGAAUGGAUGAAGGAUAAUCUGCCAAAAGGAGUAACAGGACCUUAUUUUGAUGAGAACACUAAUGUCAGGGACUUGCCCUAUUCUGCUAGGAGUAAACUUACAGUUCAGCUUUGUGCCCAUAAUGAGAACUGGAAGAUUCUUGCUAGCCAUCUUGGGUUGAGUAAUACCGAAAUACAGUAUUUUGAUAGCCAUCGGUUCAGAAACCCAGCAGAUGAAGUCCUGAGGCAGUGGGAAACUAAAAGAAAUACUAGUGUUGGAGAAUUGUAUGACAUACUGGUGUUUUUAAAUAUGCCUGUAAUUGCCGAUUCAGUAUUAUGAAUGCUGAUAAAAAAAGGAAAUGUGAUAAGUUGAGGAAGAUGGGUACCCUGUGGUGCUUGAUGACCAAGGGAAGACUGGGGGGACUUGGCUGUUGGAAGGAAAAACAAAAAUGGGAAUAAAAUAGUGGGAAGGGAUGGGAGAAUUAGUAUUGAGUGGAAAUAUCAUUUCUUUUUGCCCUUUAUUUUCCUUCUCACAGAAAGCCAACCUUUCUGUCAGCUUCGUUAUAUAAAAAAAUAUGAAUUGGAUUUACUCCCAAGAUCCCUUAGCCAUCAAGCUUCACGUCAUAAAAUCCCAGAUAGGAAUAUCCAAGAUUUUGAAAUGCAAGAAAACAUGAAAGAGAAUUUGAGAAUAGAAAUGAUUGGAAUUUUUUCUGUUGACAACUGGAAUAUUUCUAUCAAAUCACUUUUUGUAUAUCAAAAGUGUCUAAAUUAUGGGCUUUCUUUAUAACAUAGUUGCUGAAAGUGAGCUCUCAAAAAUACGAGAGAAAAUACUUUUUCAUAAACAAAUUUUCUAAAAAGUUCCAAACUUUUUUUUUGAAUUUAUUGCUUGUAGUUUUCAUUGAAUUUAUUGCUUGUAGGGAAAUAACCCUUUCUUUACCGCUUCAAUAGUAACACGGCUUAGAAAAACUCUCAAAAAGGAGACUUGAAUUUUUAAUUAAGUUACGAUUUUGUAUGUUAACUGAUAUUUUAGUAGAUUGAAAAUGAUCGUCUGCCUUAGGCCUUUAGACAAACGAAAAGCAUUCUGGUCUAGUUUGGGUAUCACCAAAAUUCAGAGGACAGGUAGAUAAAGGCGUAUUGCUUCUCCUACUUGCGUGACACCGUGACGUCCCUUACAAAACUUACCAUUGCAAGCGAGUUUGACUUUCGCAAAGUCUUUCGUCGCGGUUUGUUCACGCGCGCUGUAUAAAGCACAGGCAUCCCAACCAGGAUCAUACUCGCUGGACACUCACUUUUUUCCCCACUGGCUUCGCUUGCGACUCUGCGAGUCUCGGAUAGAUCAAAGUUUCUCUGUGUAAAGAACAGAUUUCGCAUGAUUGUGAAACGUCACGACGCACGGCACGAUGACGGUAUAAAAUUAACGACAUCUUUGAGUCAAUCACAACGCGCAACUGAAUACUGCACAGCCAAUGUAAACAAUCUUACAUGGUACCGUCACGGUCACGGCAACGCAUGUUUUCACAGUCAUACGAAUUUUCUGGUGUUGUAAAGUAAAUUGAUAUAAUAAAGAGGUACGAAGAAUAAAAUGAGAUUUUAUUUA